UAGAGAGAAAGAGAGACGAACUUUCAGCGAGAGCGAAGAGGACACGAGGGGUUCUGUAACACGUGCCAUAAUCCUGCGAUCUCUCGUUUCACAGCCGACUGAGAGGGCGCUGCCGGAGGGGAAGGAAAAACGAAGGGUUCCUCCAGAAAGUGACAACGAGAUCGAGCCGGAACGAAGACGGGCCGGAGGAGGAGGCCGAAGAAGGACGCGCGUACCUGUGGGACACAUUUCCCAGGCAGAUCUGACGAAGCUUGUGGUUACACGCUGAGUGCGAUUUUCGUCGAGGACAGUUUUGAUAAACGCGAAUGCCGAACCAGAGAUUGCGGUUCAAACCAAUCGGCUCGAGGAUCUGUAGCGGAGCGUGGCCGAUUUUGAGUUCCAGGUAUUUCGACGAUAAAAUGACUAUGGAUGGGAGCAAGAGCGAGCCGGGCAAGAACGGGGCCACUCAGCAAGAAUGCGCGGGUUGCGGAAAGGCGAUUACAGAGAGGUACCUUCUGAAGGCGUUGGAUAUGUACUGGCACGAAGAUUGCCUGAAAUGCGGGUGCUGCGACUGUAGACUCGGCGAGGUCGGCUCGACGCUCUACACGAAGGCCAAUCUCAUCCUCUGCAAAAGAGACUAUCUGCGGCUCUUCGGAAACACCGGCCACUGCGCGGCCUGCAGCAAGGUGAUUCCGGCGUUCGAGAUGGUGAUGCGCGCGAGAACCAACGUUUAUCACUUGGAGUGCUUCGCUUGUCAACAGUGCAAUCACAGGUGAGUGACUCAAGGCGCGGAUAUUUAACUGACUUCAUUUAAUUUUAUUUUAUUUAUGGCGAUCUCUUUGGAGCCUUAAGGCUUCAAAUCCAGUUUCUGACCAGUAACUGUC